AUGGAAGAAAUCACUCGUCUCAAACAUCUUCAGGACGAAUCAGCCCGUCUUCUAACCGAAGUAGCAAAAAAAGAAAAUAGCUGCAAAAGAGUCAUAAUUGACUUGCAAAAACAGCAAAAUACAACAUCGAUAGUCGUAGAUGAAGACAACAUGAAAAUGGAUACAGCGGAAAACACGCCAAAGCCGCAGAAACAACUGGCAGGCAAGAAUCCACAGUUGCCCAGGACAGAACAGGCAGGCAAGAAGCCACAGCUGCCUACAACAGAACCAAGAAAAUAUUCUUCAACUGCAAGCAACAGAAAAGAAGAACCAACAACAACAAAUCCUGCAAUAACAACAAAUGCCAGCAACAAACAGUCAUCAGCAGCAGUAACAUCAACCUCCAUUGCCGCAGCAACAACCACCAAAGGGAAGGUGAAAAGGUCUGGUCGUGGUAAAGGUGGCAAAGUUAAGGGAAAGGCAAAGUCCCGUUCCAAUCGUGCUGGUCUUCAAUUCCCCGUCGGUCGUAUCCAUCGUCUGUUGCGAAAGCGUGUUGGUGCCGGUGCUCCCGUCUAUUUAGCCGCUGUCAUGGAAUAGUUGGCUGCUGAAGUCUUGGAAUUGGCUGGCAAUGCUGCCCGUGACAACAAGAAGACUCCUUUCAUUCCUCGUCACUUGCAAUUGGCCAUCUGUAACGACGAAGAAUUCAACAAAUUGCUGUCUGGCGUUACCAUUGCCCAAGGUGGUGUAUUGCCAAACAUCCAAGCUGUUCUCUUGCCCAAGAAGACCGAAAAGAAAGCCUAAAUUAUCUCGAAAGAAGGUAUUAUGGAAUGAA